GAUAAAUACGCAAUAACCGUCGCAGCGACGGCAUAAUACGGUCGGCGCAGUGGCCGCGUCCGGUCCACUCACUCGCGCAGAGAUCGUCCGUCGAUCGCUUACGGAAUAGCUUCGGGUCGUCCACAGUCGCGGCGUAUAAUUUCCUCGUUAUUCUCCGUCCGGUCCGUCCGUCGCGCGAUAUGACCGCCGCGCGGCUACUGCUCGAGCUGGCCACCAGCUGGUGGACGAUCGCCGCGCUGGCGACGUUCGCGGCCGUCGCGUACCGCUUCGCCACGUCCACGUUCGGCUACUGGCGCGACCGGGGCGUCCCGGACGUCCGGCCGACCGUGCCGCUGUUCGGCAACUUGUUCGGGAUGGCGAUGGCCGCCGAACACCAGAGCCGCAUGUACGGCCGGAUCUACGACGGGUUCCGCGGCCGCCGGUACGGCGGACUGUAUCAGAUGCGCACGCCGCACCUGAUGGUGUGCGACCCGGCGCUGGUGAACCGCGUGCUGAUCGGCGACUUCGCGCACUUCACCGACCACGGCCUGUACACGGCCGGCCCGGACGAGAACCCGCUGGCCAACGGGCUGUUCAACAUGAACGGCGCCCAGUGGAAGAUCAUGCGGCAGAAGCUGAGCCCCGUGUUCACGGCCGGCAAGCUGCGGCACAUGCGCGGCCAGGUGGCCGCCUGCAGCGAGCAGCUGAUGCGCAACGUGGCCGCGGACGUGGCCGCCGGCGGUCCGGUGGAGGUGCGCGACGCGCUCGGCAAGUACUCCACCGACGUGAUCGGCACGUGCGCGUUCGGACUGCAGCUGAACGCCAUCAACGACGAGCAGUCCGCGUUCCGCAAGUACGGCAAGGCCGUGUUCGCGCCGUCGUUCCGCACGAUUUUCAAGGAGCUGCUGUGGAUGGUGUCGCCGGCGCUGCGGCGCGCGCUCCGCGUCGGCGACUUCCCGCGGGACGCCGUCGAGUUCUUCACCGCCGCGUUCACCGACACGAUGCGGUACCGGCAGGAACACGGCCUGGUCAGGGACGACGUCGUCCAGUCGCUGAUCCAAGCCAGGACCGACCUGGUCGUCAACAAGACCGAACCGUCGGUGACAUUCUUAGAAACCGAUAUCGUGGCCAAUGCAUUUGUACUAUUCGCCGCUGGUUUUGAAACAGUGUCUACGGCGAUGAGUUUUUGUUUGUACGAACUCGCAUUGAAAAAACCAAUACAGGACAAAGUACGAGAAGAAAUGAAUGCAAUGAAGAUUAAACGUAAUACUGAAGUCGACGAUGAUUUUCUAAAAGAAUUACAUUACUUGGAUAUGGUAUUAGCUGAAACCUUACGAAAGUAUCCGCCGUUAAUAACACUAUUCAGAGAAGCGACGCAGGAUUACAAAGUGCCCGAUGACACAUUAGUAAUUGAAAAAGGUACAAAAAUUCUUAUUCCUGCGUAUGCUAUUCAUCACGACUACAGAUAUUAUCCAGAUCCAGAGACGUUCGACCCUGAACGGUUCUCGCCAGAAGAAAAAGCUAAAAGACCGAAUGGGACUUAUAUGCCAUUUGGUGAUGGACCUCGCUUAUGCAUAGGAAAACGAUUCGCUGAAAUGGAAAUGAAAUUAGCAUUAACUGAACUUUUGACCAAAUAUGAAGUGGAACCAUGUGAAAAAACGGACAUUCCAAUGCAAUUCAGUAAAAGAUCAAUAAUUACUAUGCCAGAAAAUGGCAUUUGGUUAAAAUUUAAACCAAUAAAUACCCCUAAAUAAGCAUACGUUUAUUCAAACUAAAAUAUUCAGUACAUAUAAUAGGUUUUAAGGCCAUCAGCUUUUAGAUGAGAACACGUGGAGGAUCAAAGAAUGUACUAUACCAUAACACACGAAACAAAUUGUCUUAUUUAGGAAUAUUCAGACAGUUGAGCAAUGGCUAUGUUCUAAAAAUCACCUGUUUAAUCUAUUAUCUAUUGUAUACAAAUUAUUACGUGUUAUGAAAUUUAAAUACAAAAAAUAACAAUGAAAAUGUGAAUAAUAUUCACGAUAUUUCUAUAUUCUUAUAUAUUGGUUCUCUAUUUUAAUUAGUGUAAACAUGAAAUAUAUUAUAUUUUUUCUAACUUAAAAUAUAUAUUUCAUUAAAAAAAAAAAGUGUUAUUUUAUAUUAUUUAGUAUAGCAAUAAUUAUGGUUUGAAAAUUUUAUGAAAUAAAAAAAUGUUGAAAUAUAUCAAAUCUGUGAAUUGCUAGAAAAUAAAUCAAUUUCGCUAUACAUAGACAAAACAAAACACUAAUAAAGAAAUGUUUCGAAAAUUGUCGAUCACGAUACUCAUCACAUAUUAAUAUCAAUAAUUAAAGCUACAAUUUAUGAACUUUAUUA